AAAAAAAACAUUAAAGCCCAUAUAAAUUGACAAGGCCCAAAAUUUGAAAGGCCUAACUUAACUAUGUUGUAGCGCCGGUCCGCCAAGUACUUUCGAGUAUCGAGUCGUCGUUCUUCUUCUUCCUCUGAGAGAGAGAUCUGCGGAAAACGAAAGCGAGAUUUAUCAGGUAAGGUUCGGUGAUUCUUUGUGGAGAAGAAGCUCGCGAUAAGUCAACAUGAGCAAGCCAAUGGAAGAGGAUACCAAUGGCAAGACUGAGGAAGAGGAAUUCAACACCGGGCCACUCUCUGUUCUUAUGAUGAGCGUCAAGAAUAACACUCAGGUUUUAAUCAAUUGCCGGAACAACAGGAAACUUCUUGGGCGAGUGAGGGCGUUUGACAGACACUGCAACAUGGUUCUUGAAAAUGUCAGAGAGAUGUGGACUGAGGUUCCGAAAACUGGGAAAGGCAAGAAGAAAGCACUUCCGGUGAACAGAGAUCGGUUCAUAAGCAAGAUGUUUCUACGUGGAGACUCGGUCAUUAUCGUCCUCAGGAAUCCAAAAUGAGAGGAAGAGAGACUUAGAGACAUGUUCCUUGUUUGUUGUGCUAAAACUGAUAAAUUCUUGUAGGUAGUAGCAUCUUUUAAAGUUAUUCGUCUCAUUUUCGUUUAUGUCCGAAUUGACAAGAUCUUUUAAAGAUCUUUUAAAGACAUGUUCCUUGUUUGUUGUUUGUUCAGCUCGCAUGUCCAAGCUCAAAACUACGGUGAUUGCAUUAAAAAAAAUAAAACUUUAAAAUCGGUGAGGUUUCAAUAUCACUACAUUGACAGGAAUAGAAAUAUCAAAAUUAAAAAUGAAAACGAAGAGAAACGAGAAUCUCCAGCGACAGUUACUCUGUUGAUGAUGAAGUGGUGGAAGAAUCCUGCUUUUGGUCGCCAAAGACACGUUGACGGAAAUCU